AGCAAGAUGGCGUCUAAUGGCGAGGACGUUAUUGUCAUGGUCAUUUUCUGUUCUUAAUCCAUGUAUGCACAUACACAUGUAUGUAGUGCAAUACGGUAAACGUCGUUGAUAAUUAUGUAUCUGGAUAAGUUAGUCCAAGCGCACUUUGACGCGUCUCGGGCCAGCCUAGCAUGCUAGCUGCUAACAAAGAGACGUGGAAGUUAUCAACACCUCUGUAAGCAGAGAGCAAGUGUGAGUGGAAAGUGUUGUGAUCGUGUGAAAAUGUGCGAAGAACGAUAGCGGAGUACGAGGAGGAACUUUUUUCUCCAACAACAAAGGAGAACGAGGGACAACGUCCGCAUUUGGCCGCUGUUUUUGAGAAGCGUCAAGUUGUGUUACACAGAGCAGACGUCAGUGAAGAGCAUCUUCCCCCUGAGCGGCAGGAGUGGAGCUCCAGGAUGGAGCAGGAGGAGCCACAGCCCCCGUACAUUAAAAGGGAAGAAGAGGAGGAGGAAGAGCCACAGCCCCUCCACAUUAAACAGGAGGAGGAGGAUUACAGCAUCAGUCAGGAGGGAGAGUAUCUUGAAGGACUGGAGGAGUUCCCGGUGAUUUGUGUCCCUGUGAAGAGUGAAGAUGAUGAAGACGAAGGUCAAAGCGAGAUUGGAGAGGUGGAGCUUCCAGGCAGCAGCUCAACUCAAGACCACCGUGGAGGAUCACAAGCAGACAACCUCUUUGCUCCGCUAUCAGAUAGUGACGACACAACGUCGCACUCUCCCGACACUGACGAUGACGGCCCUAAAGCUGAUAAGAGAUGUCACACUGACAACACACACUUUAAAUGCUCUCAUUGUGACAAAAUUUUCAAUGACCGGAGUAAUCUGAAAAGACACAUGCGAAAUCACACAGGAGAGAAACCCUUCAUGUGCUCAGUUUGUGGUAAGAGAUUCAAUCGAAAGGUACAUUUAACAAUACACACAAGAACACACACCGGGGAGAAACCUUAUUCCUGUUCAGUGUGCGGUAUGUGUUUUGCACAACAACAAUACUUGAAAAUACACAUGAGAAUACACACUGGAGAGAAACCCUUUUCCUGUUCAGUGUGUGGUAUAGGUUUCGCACAAAAACAAUAUUUGAAAAUUCACAUGAGAAUACACACUGGGGAAAAACCUUUUUCCUGUUCAGUGUGCGGUAAAAGUUUUGUCCAAAGUCACGAUUUCAAAAUACACAUGAGGCGACACACUGGAGAGAAACCUUAUUCCUGUUCAGUCUGCAACAAAGGCUUUUGUGAGGGAACGGCACUCGUAAGACACAUGAGAACACACACUGGUGAGAAAGUGUUGAGAUGCAGUGUGUGUGAUGAAAGAUUCUCUUAUAAGUACCAGGUUGACAAUCACAAGUGUGCUGGUGAGAACAGCAGCAGUAAAUGAAGCUGCAGGUCAAGACUUUGGUAACUUGGACUUUUCAACAUCACAAUAUAAUGUGUGACAUAAUAAAGUGUGGCAUCAUUGCUGUGUGUGGAACACAAUUUUGUUAAAAUGCUUCUACCAUUUAA